CCCAAGCGGGACGUCCAUCAGCAACGAUGGACUUCCCUAGCUUGGUAUAAAGUAUUUGAAUGUUCGAAUGGUGACCAGGCACGUCAUCGAGCCUGCAUUUCAGUGUUUUUCAGUGCGAUCGUUCAACUUUGACGUUUUGUGCGUUGCAACUGUAUGAAACUAAUCAAUCAAGAUAAUUAUCAAGAUUAACAAUUAAUUGCGGAUAUAAAGUGUGUUUGCGCUCGAGCGAAAGUCAUGCUAGUCAGAAAGCUUGCUUGAGUGGUGGAUUACUAUACUACAAAAUGUUGAACAGCGAGGAGGAAUUUGAACCUCAAACGCAGUCAGGGAUGACGAAAGCGGAACUGAGAAGGAGCAACAAACCCAUUAUGGAAAAACGACGGCGUGCUCGAAUUAAUCAAUACCUCGAUGAACUGAAGAAUUUUAUACUCGUUAACGAAAAAGACCCAACUAGGCAUUCGAAGCUCGAGAAGGCCGAUAUCCUCGAAAUGACGGUAAAGCAUAUACAAACGAUGCAACGACAGCAUUUGAGCGUAGCCGUCUCCAACGAUCCGGUGGUGUUAACGAAAUUCCGCUCCGGAUUUUCCGAAUGUGCCACCGAAGUAUCGCGAUACGUCAGUCGUCUGGAGAACGUCGACCCCGCCGUAAAGCAACGAUUGGUAUCACACUUGAACAGCUGCGUGGGUCAUCUCCAGCAAAUGGCUCCAUUCUACAGUCACUACGUACCCUACAUGCCGGAGCGCCUCUAUCCGGAGGUAAAGGUCGGUUUUCAGAGCGAUUUCCAGAAUGGAGACGAGAAUAACAACGGCAGCGCGAGAAUACAGAUACCGAAUGGAGUGCAACUGAUCCCGAGUCGAUUGCCGAACGGCGAAUUAGCACUCUUGGUGCCGCAAUCCGCCGGUAUCUCUGCCAAUUUUCCUUUCUUUCCGGCCACGGAUUCAUCCGCGAAAAGCGGUCAAUCCUCGGCAUUCACCGCGGUUCACAGAUCGCAUAGUCCAUUGUUGAGUCCGUCGACCUCUACAUCGAGCUACGGUGACGAGGGUCAUCAUUCGGAACAUCCACAGGCAUCGUCACCUAAUCAUCAUCAGCCGCAACGUCGAUUCAAGUUACCGGAACAGAGUCCUGCGUCCUCUUCGAAGAGCUUCUCGUCCUCUCCGGAGACCCAAAAGCCGCAAAUUAGCUCAACUAGCGACCGAAAGUCUCCGGCAACAUUCCUGGAACCCAAGAUCGUGGACGAGAAAAUGGCAACGAAAAAAGACGUAGCCGAAGAUUUGGAGAGUGUUAAUUAUAUUAUAAAUAGUUCUAUAGCGCACGGUUUGCGACAACCACUUUCUGUAAUUACAGACAAAACUUACAAUCGCGCAACUUCGAAUGGCUCGUUGCUCAAGAGAGACGGUCUCAAGAGACGUCAUUCCGACGGGCUUUUGGCGAUCUCGGAUAAGAGACCGAGAUAUCAGGAACCUACUAGUUCGAUCUCCUCGAUGAAUAAUGCCGUCGCGCAUAAGAGCACAAAUGAACAGUCCGCUGCGAUUUCGGCCGAAGAUUUGCCGCAAAGUCAGAAUUGCCAAGCUCCACGAAAUUCUAAUUCAGAUUCCGAUAAGUUCGCAAUGGGUCCGGCAGAUCCGUUCGGUGCUAAUAGCGAUAUGUGGAGACCUUGGUAAUUAUUAUUGUCGAAAAUGAAAGAUUGAAAGUAUUUAAAAAUUAAACAAAAUUGAAAUUCAAAAAUAUUCAGUACAAAGAAGCACAAAUGAUGAGAGAGUAGAUCUUUUUAAUACCUCAAUCCCUAUAUUUUUUUUUUAAGUCUCGAAGCACAAUUUACUAAGCGACAGUUUGCCAUAAAUAUAAAUUAUACCAUUUUACAUAUUUUGUCAUUUCCUAACAAUUUACACAAAUAUAAUAAAUGGCAGGAUUGUUGCGUGAUAUUGUAUUGCGUAUUUAUUUUUUAUUAGUUCUAUAUUUUAUAAAUAUUACGUUAGAAAUAUUAGUUUAGCUUAUGUUAAGAAUAAGUGUAAGGGUAAAUAAGCUCAUUACCGAUAAUUACACGGUUUUGUGCCAAAGCCUGAAAUUAUUUUUUCGAGCAAGAUUAUUAAUGCACUCUUUGCUGCAUUGUUAUGUCGAAUCCUCGCCUUCUCAUAAAGACUCAUAAGCUUUAAAUAGGUUAAACGAGACUUUUUAUUAAGAUCACAAAACACAUAAUAUGUGAAUAGAGUUCUGUAAAUAUAUAUCUAUAUUUUUAUU